GAGCGCACAAGGACCCAGGACUUGCCUUCCACAGAGAGGACAGCUCAAAGCAAUGAUGAAGACUAUGUCCAGUGGGAACUGCACCUUGAAUGUUCCAGCCAAGAACUCAUACCGCAUGGUUGUGCUGGGAGCCUCCAGGGUAGGCAAAAGCUCCAUUGUCUCACGGUUUCUUAACGGCCGCUUUGAGGACCAGUACACGCCCACCAUUGAGGAUUUUCAUCGCAAAGUCUACAACAUUCGAGGCGACAUGUAUCAGCUAGACAUCUUGGAUACUUCUGGGAAUCAUCCAUUCCCUGCCAUGAGAAGACUUUCCAUACUCACAGGGGAUGUUUUCAUCCUAGUCUUCAGUUUAGACAAUAGAGAAUCCUUUGAUGAGGUCAAGCGACUUCAGAAGCAGAUCCUUGAAGUCAAAUCUUGCCUGAAAAAUAAGACUAAGGAAACAGCUGAUCUUCCCAUGGUAAUCUGUGGCAACAAGAAUGAUCACAGUGAACUGUACCGCCAGGUGCGUUCUGAAGAAGCUGAGAAACUCGUUUCUAGCGACGAGAACUGUGCUUACUUUGAAGUUUCAGCCAAGAAGAACACUAACGUGAAUGAGAUGUUCUACGUCCUCUUCAGCAUGGCCAAGCUGCCACAUGAGAUGAGUCCUGCCCUCCACAGGAAGAUCUCUGUCCAGUACGGUGAUGCCUUCCACCAAAAGUCCUUUAAGAUGAACAGGGUCAAAGAGACAGAUGCCUACGGCAUGAUCUCCCCCUUUGCUCGCAGACCCAGUGUCAACAGUGACCUGAAAUACAUCAAAUCCAAAGUUCUCAGAGAAGGACAAACAAGGGAGAGAGAAAAAUGCACAAUCCAAUGA